AAUUGUUGUGAUAAACUUAUUAAAUAGAUUUGCAGAUGGAAAUGGUCACAGAGGAGGAAGUUAACCCUAAGCCACGUUUGAUAAUUCUCAAACUUAGUCUAGAAAACUUCAAAUCCUACGGAGGGACAGUGGAGUUAGGUCCUUUUCACAAGAAAUUCUGCUGUAUUGUGGGGCCAAAUGGAUCGGGGAAGAGCAACGUCAUCGAUGCGCUUCUAUUUGUGUUUGGAUUCAGAGCAGCCAAGAUCAGGUUGAAGAAACUGUCCAUGUCAAUUCACAACUCAGAUGAAAGCUGUCAAAAUAUUCCAUCAUGCUCUGUCGCUGUGCAUUUGGCGGAAAUAAUUGACUCUUCUGCAGAUCCAAAUGAUUUCACAAUUGUUGCUGGGUCGGAGCUUGUGAUUUCAAGGACAGCUUAUCGCGAUAACUCGUCUAACUAUUACAUCAAUGCAAAGAAAAGUCAUUUUAAGGAAGUGCGGGAUCUACUAAAGAGCAAAGCGGUUGAUUUGGAUCAUAACCGGUUCUUCACUCUCCAGGGUGAGGUGGAGCAGAUAUCUCAGAUGAAGCCGAAGGGGUUGAGUGAACAUGACGAGGGACUGCUGGAGUAUCUGGAGAACAUCAUAGGCACAUACCAGUACAAGGAACUCAUGACACUGAUAGACUCUGAACUAGGAGAGCUAGAAGAGAAAAGAAAAGACCAGAUGAAACGCGUGGCUCUUGUUGAAGGCGAAAAAAAUAGUCUGGAGAAACUGAAAGCGGAAGCAGUGGCGUUUCUGGACCUCGAAAACAGUAUUUCAUCCCUCAAGAACAAAAUCAUGCAAAAGUACAAGGAGCUGAGAGGUGCGAACGAGAAGGCAGAGCAGCUGCAGAGACAGUUUGCUGAGGUGGACCAGCAGGAUGUGAAGCACAGGGCAGAUGUCAAAAACGCCAGGGAGGGCAUACCCAAGCUGAAUAAGGAAACGGAGACACUGGGCAAAAAGAUUGAGGACGCGCAGAAGAGUGUGGGUGAGAAGAGAAAACAGAUGGAGAGGAUGGAGGAGGAGCUGAAGAGAGUGAAGGGGACGAAGAAGGAGUUGGACGAGGAGUACUCGGCUGCUGUGGAGUCCAUAGACACCAGGAGUCUGCAGCAGGAGAAGCAGACCAAGUGCAAACUACUCAUCUCUAAAAACGAGACUACAAACAAGUGCAAGAGUGAAGUAGACAGAGCACAUGCGAAUCUGGACAUGUUGAACAUGACCAGGAAUAGAUUGCACAAACAGUGGCAACAGGCCACGACGGCGGCCGAGAAGCUGCAGCAGGAUCUUCACGACAUGACUCAGAAGAAUGGGUGAACCCAAUGGAGGACCUGGUCACUGGCAGACUCAUCUUCAUGCGCUAUUUCACUCUAGUGUGGCUGCUGGUGAUGACUGUGUUAGGAGUGCCUGGAAACU